GGAAGAUAGGGAAAGAUGAUAGUUCUUCCAGUAAGCGCUCUUCACAACUUUGCGCCAGCCCCAGUCAGUACAUCCAAGCCUUGAUUUAUAUGUCUUAAAAGUACUGAGCACCUCCCAAAGCAGGCUGUGUCCCUGGAGAGUGCUAGAUGGGUUAAGAUUAAAAUUCCUCAGCAAUAUUCAGCCUUUUUAGGGAAGGAAAAGCAGAAUAGCAAGGCGGAGUGAGAAGAGAUGUACAGUAGCAGACAGACUGACUGACUCCUUUGGCUGCUGAAUUUAGUGAAACUGCAUUUUCCCUGGUAAUUGCUGGAUAUCUGAGUAUUUCAUCUAACAUGAAGGUGCUGGGGAUUUUUCUGUUGCUGGAAGUUUCAGGCUUCUUUCCCAUUUUUUCCGGCGCUUCCCCUCCAGUCCAUUGCCGCUGGAAUUCCUUUGGCCCUUGGUCCGAGUGUGAUGGCUGUACUCAGAAACAGAUUCGGAGACGGACAAUAGCAGUUUAUGGCCAAUAUGGGGGAAACCCUUGCUCUGGGGAUGCCUUUGAAACAAGACCAUGCACCCCCACAAGGGGAUGCCCAACAGAGGAUGGAUGUGGUGAUCGGUUCAGGUGUUUCUCAGGUCAGUGCAUUAGCAGAUCUCUUGUGUGUAACGGAGAUCAGGACUGUGAGGAAGAUGGUGCCGAUGAAGAUCGAUGUGAAGAGAAGAGAACUGUAUGUGAUACUGAUAAAACGCCUCCGAAUUCAGACCUUACAGGAAGAGGCUUUGAUGCCGUUACUGGUGAGACUAGGGGAAGAGUCAUUCACACGAAAAGCUUUGGAGGACAAUGCAGAAAGGUCUUUAGUGGCGAUGGGAGAGAGUACUACAGGCUGAGUGAAAGUGUUCUUGCUUAUACUUUCCAGGUUAAAAUUCAGAAUGAUUUCACUUAUGAAUUUUUCAACAGUAGCUGGUCUUAUAUGAAACACACAGAGAGGUAUGAAAAAUCAAACAAUGGACAUAGUUACUCACAGACAAAAAAUCUGCAACACAGUCAAAAGAGUAAGCAGCUGAUGGUUGUUGAGAACAGUGUGGAAGUUGCUCAGUUUAUUAACAAUCGCCCAGACUUUCUCAGUCUUGCGGAGCCCUUCUGGAAGGAACUGGCCAACCUUCCAGUCGUCUAUGACUAUAAUGUCUACCGAAGACUUAUUGAGCAUUUUGGCACUCAUUUCUUACACUCUGGAUCUCUAGGAGGACAUUACAAAGUUAUUUUUUAUAUGGAUACUGACAAAAUGAAAGCAGAAGGUAUGAACAUAAGGGACAUGUACGAGUGCACCACAUCAGGCUGGAACAUUUUCAUUGUGAAAAAGAAGAAAGUGAAGUGCUCCAAACUGGAAGAACUGCUGCAGACUUCUUCAGGAAGCAGUGGAAAUAAGAUUAAAGGAGAACCCUACAUAGAAGGAGGAAGCCCCGGUGCUGUUGCUGGCCUUAGUUAUCUAGAGCUGGAUAAUCCUGCUGGGAACAGUCAGAGAUACUCCUUUUGGGCCAGAUCAGUGACAGACUACCCCACAGUAAUUAAACAAAAGCUAACACCAUUAUAUGAGCUGGUAAAGGAAGUGCCUUGCUCCUCAGUCAAAAAACAUAACCUAAAACAAGCCAUUGAACAAUAUAUAGCUGAAAAUGAUCCCUGCAAAUGUCAGCCUUGCCAGAACGGCGGUGAGGCGGCUGUGGAAGGAACUCAGUGCGUGUGUUACUGCAAGCCUUACACCUUUGGAGCAGCUUGUGAGCUGGGAACUCUUGUGCAAGAUCAGCCAGGUGUUGUUAAUGGACACUGGAGCUGUUGGUCUUCCUGGAGUCCUUGUUCAGAGGGGAGGAAAUCAAGGAGUAGAACCUGCAACAACCCAUCCCCACGUGGUGGAGGGAAGGCCUGUGUAGGAGAACAGCAUGAAAACAGACCUUGUGAAGAUGAAGAGUUGCAGCAUUUUCGCUUGAUUGAACCACACUGUUUUGAUUUAUCCGUAACUCCUACAGAAUUCUGUUCACCUCCUCCUCCCUUGGAAAAUGGAUUUGUUCAAAAUGCUGAAAACUCAUACCCUGCUGGGAAAAGCAUUUUUUAUGCUUGCAAGCAUGGAUAUUCUCUUGUUGGUGAUCCUGUUGCUAAGUGUGGCAGUAACUUACAGUGGCAAGUUGGAGAGAGAUAUUGCCGAGAAACCACUUGUCUCCUGCCUGUCCUGGAGGCAGACUUGCAAGGGGAGCCAUGGAAACCUGUGUAUGAGAUUGGUGAAAGAAUAACUCUGUCCUGUCCACGUGGCAUGCACUUAGAAGGGACACGCUCCAUUUUGUGUGAGUCCAGUCUCAAGUGGUCUCCUGAUGUGAAGACUAUCAGGUGCAAGAGGCCAGUGCCCAGUGUGAAACCAGAAGUGACAGAGCCUAAAUGUCAACCAUGGGAGAAAGUGCAUCAGUCACAAUGUGUGUGCAAAAUGCCCUAUGAGUGUGGUCCUUCCCUGGACAUCUGUGCUACAGAUCAAAGAACCAGGAGAAACACAGCCUUAACUGUUUGCAAGAUGCAUGCCUUGGAGUGCACGGGCAGAAAAUAUUCUCUUACUAAUGCAGAAAACUGCAAAAUACCUCAGGCAACUGAAAUAUCAUGUGGAUCAUGCCGUUCCUGGGAGAAAUGUGAUGUGCUAUCCAGCAGUUGUGUUUGUGAUGAAGACAAGCUGUGUGAUGAAGGAGGCAUCCAGAUCUGUGCUGAAGUCAGCGGCUCUGCUGCCCGUCGGACCAUGACUGAGUGUGAGGUUGGGUGGCUCAAAUGCCGAGGGGAGACUGUCACCCUUGUCAGCAUAAGGCCCUGUGACAUAUAGAGCAAAUAAGAUAUGUUGCGGUUCAUUUUGCUUAUUGCCCCAGGAAAUGUCAAAGUUUGCCAGCUCUUGGGCAGGACAUGCUUCGAACCUUGCUCUUCCAAAUGUAAGCUCUGUUGUGAAGUCCACUGCAGCUGAUGAGGCUGUAUGCGUCAGCUCUUGUUGCCAGUGCAUCAGGGCCCAAGGCUCUUUGUUAGACAGAGCUGCAGUCACCGCUACCGCUCACGACAGGGCUAUUGCUUCAAGCCUCAACUUAGCACUGGCAAGUUUGCUUCACAUUUCCAUCAAAAUUAAAAAGUAUUGCUGAAGUGCAGUUGCCAAAGUAGCAUUUAUAGUGAUGGAUUACAGUGUCUGACAUUGUAAAUACAUUUUUCUUGAAGCCACACAAACAUCUGCAUGCACUGAGUAGAUUUAUGUUGAAAAAAUAAAUAGGCUUAAGAGGUAUAAGUCUUCUCUUUUAAUGAAGUAGCUACUUCCUACUGUGCUUUACUCAGCCCAUCAAAUAGUAUGCACAUCACUGAACCUGUCGUUGAAACUCUUGGGGGUCAAAACAAUGCGCAGUAAUAGUAAAGGCAGCUUAUUGUAAGGAGAAGACUCCUUGCUUGCAGCUUCUCAUACACAGAAGCACUUCAAAAAAACAAUCACCACUUUACAUUGUCUUAACUACCAUCAUGAGAUAAAUUUGUAAGCAUGGGUAACUUGGAUGCAUUUGUCACGUCCUUGUACGUUCAUGACAGGACCAGUUUGCUUAUAGACCAUUGCACGUAAAAGUCUUCCACCACAGCAAAACGUUCUCAGAGGCAGCUGUUAGGGAAAGUGUAUCUUCAUAGAAGUGGAGACAACUCUGUAUACAGUCCCCCUAGAAAUACCUUUGGGCAAUUUCCUAAGACUCUUCCCGAAUAAAAGAAGUUGCUUACACUCUUUCCUUACGCAGCUCAGUAUAUUGUAUGGUGAAGUCAAGACAGUGAUACCUUUCCUUAGGCAUGGUGUACCCUGCAAUUCCAUUCAGGAGCUUGUCCUGGCAGUCCUAUCCCUUCAGACUAUUCUCAGAAGCAAACAAGGACAAAGGGCUGAGUAGCAAGUGGGUGGUCAAGCAAGUGCAGUACUAUCAGCAUGAAGCCUGUACACUUUUUUAAGUGUCCGAUUUUAUUUCUUACAAUCAUUAAAUACAUAUCAGACAAAAGCUCUCUCUUGCUUUUCUUGUUCGUACCUGUAACUUCCUCACAGAAACCCUGCCCUCAGGUAGAAAAAGCUGGAAAAGCUUUACUUUCCAUG